GCGCGGAGGAGGAGGGCGGGCCGGGCGUCCGCGGGGGCGGCUCGGAGUCCAGGCCGCGACUCCCUGGCGGCGGCUCGACACACGGCGCGGGAUGGAGACGGACAGGCAGGACUGUGUGGCCUCCUGGUGGGACAUGGUGGUGCGGAACCUGCGAUCUUUUCCACAUUCCUGUUCAACACUCGGAAGAAAAAUUGCCUCUCUGUACAACAGCUUUACUAGUAAACCAUUAAAAGAACACAUUUUUCCUCCUCUGAUGAACAUGCUAAUAUUUUUUAAUUUUUUCAAAGCACCAUUUCUUGUGGAUUUAAAGAAACCGGAGUUAAAGAUUCCUCACACGGUGAACUUGUAUAUCAGAGUUGAACCUGGGGUGAUUCUGGGAAUCUGGCACACAGUUCCCAGCUGCUGGGGGGAAGAUGCUAAGGGGAAGGACCGCGGCUGGUAUGAAGCAGCCCUUCAGGAUGGCAAUCCAAUUAUUGUUUAUCUUCACGGCAGCGCAGAACACAGGGCAGCUCCUCACAGACUUGAGCUAGUAAAGAUGCUGAGCGAUGGUGGCUUUCACGUCCUAUCUGUGGACUACAGAGGGUACGGGGAUUCCACGGGUGAGCCCACAGAGGAGGGGCUGACCACGGAUGCUGUUUGUGUUUACGAGUGGACCAAGGCGAGAAGUGGUACCACACCUGUGUGUCUCUGGGGCCACUCUCUGGGUACAGGAGUUGCAACAAAUGCUGCAAAAGUACUAGAAGAGAAAGGAUUCCCAGUUGAUGCUCUUAUACUGGAGGCUCCAUUUACCAACAUAUGGGUUGCAAGUAUUAAUUAUCCCUUGUUAAAGAUUUACCGGAAACUUCCAGGAUUUUUACGCACGCUUAUGGAUGCCCUGAGAAAAGACAAAAUAGUCUUCCCUAAUGAUGAAAAUGUUAAAUUCCUGUCUUCUCCCCUUCUCAUCAUACAUGGUGAGGAUGACAAGACGGUGCCUUUGGAGUUUGGAAAGAAGCUCUAUGAAAUUGCACACAACGCUUACAGGAACAAAGAGAGGGUCAAGAUGGUGGUCUUUCCCCCUGGUUUCCAACACAACUUCCUCUGUAGAAGCCCCACACUACUAAACACUGUGAGAGAGUUCCUGAGUGAGCAGUGGGCAUGAGGCCUGAGAGUACCAGAAAUCUGCAGUGAAGACUUGGUCCAGACACCACCCACGAUGCAUAUUUUUUACGUAAAGUUGUACUGGGCUGCUUGGAUGAGCUGAAGUCACUGACAUUUCUACAAGUCACUUGCCAUUUUAGGGAAAGCAUGGAUGUUGGGCGUUAUUGAAAGUUCUCAUUUAGCUUGUAGUCUACUUUGAGGAACAAACUGAAAUCUCAUUGUAGAGUAUCAGAAUUUGGUAAAAUUUGGAUCCCUUCUAAAAAUGUGUGGUUACCAAAUAUCCUGGGGCUGUGAACAAGGUGGUCUUUAGUUGGGACUUAACAGGGUAAGAAUGGUGCUAUAAUGUAGUUAAGUAAUUUGUGUUUUAGUUAAUUUAAAUGGCAUUAAAGAGUUCCAAGUAUCUUCUAG